AUGUCGGAAUCCAAUGCGGACAGUGUGGCCCAUGCUGGUAAAACGGAUGUAAUGCGCAUUGAUGGGGUAUACUAUGAUACUUUGAAGCUUGCCGCUAUUCAUCCUGGUGGUCCUAUGAUGAUUAAAAUGGCCAAUGGCACCGAUGCUACACGCAUAUUUGUAAGCUACCACCGUCGGCGAUUCCCCCAUGCAAAGUACAAGCACAUGCAAGUUGCGUCAGCAGAUGUUCAGAGUGGCCUGAUUUCUGAGGAAGCGACACCCAACUUUGACUUGUAUUUGGAGCUCUGUGACAAGGUGCGACCGUUUAUAGGUCCUACGAAAGGUUUUGCUCCCUGGUACCACUUUAUUAAAGCUGCAAUGUGUUGUAUGCUUGUAAUUGCUUUGGACUUGUAUGCCGUCUUCACAUGGCGGCCUCUCUACCUAACGUUUCUUCAAUCACUCGCCAUGGCGAUGGUGGGGUUAAAUGUGCAGCAUGAUGCUAACCACGGGGCCCUGAGUGCGAACCCUGUCAUUAAUAGGGUUUUUGGUCUAAUGCAAGAUGUACUGGGAGGCAGUUCUAUAAGCUGGAUUAUACAUCAUAACUUUAUUCAUCACAUCUACACCAAUGAGCCACAUCAAGAUCUUGACUUGGAGAUUUCUCUAUUGAGGUUGCAUCGGUUCGUUCCUAAACGCUACUACUAUACGCUUCAGCAUGUGUACUUUUUGGUUCUAGAAGCCGUCUUUGGUCCCAUUCAUGUGCUUUCAAAUGCGUGGUUUUUGUGGUCUGGGCCAGAAAAGAGACUGCAAUUCAUCAGUAAUGAAUGGAAGCUUGGCUGCCUUAUGACAUUAAUACCGCCGUUACGUUUGGGAUUUUCUUUUUUGCAUGCAUCUACAGUAUUUGAUGCUUUGGUGGGAUUUUUUGCUCAAUACGCUGUUGGUGGGAUGUAUCUUGCCUUCUUUUUCUUAAUUUCUCAUAACUUCACCGGGGUGAAGAAGGAAGGAAACACGGACGGGGCGUGCUUUCUUAGAGCUCAGGUGGAAACAAGCAGCAGCGUGGGUGGGUGGUGGCUGGGACAAAUAAAUGGUGGUCUAAAUUACCAGAUAGAGCAUCACCUUUUCCCACGUGUUCAUCAUGGGUACUAUCAUUAUAUUGCUCCCACUGUAAGAACCUUUUGUGUACAGCAUGGGAUUUCCUAUGCUCGGUUUAACACGCUGUGGGACAACGUAAUCAGUACCGUAAACCACCUGAGCACAUAUGGACACGGAACAGAACAGACGGUAGCGGUGGAGGGGUUGAAGCAAUAG